CACCAAUGCCGACUUGCGAUCCGAAAGGCUAACUAACUACAUCAUUCUCCUCUUUUCUUUGGCGGGGUGAAUUGAACCGCUUGAGCUUCCUUUUAAUGCGAAUGAUUCCGCUAGGGAAAGCAAUUAAAUAAUUGAGCUGUCCUCUUUUUUUUCUCUUUUGGUGUAAGUCUCGUUUUUAUCUUUUUCAAUAUUGAAGAGUUACUGCUAUUGCAUCGAUCGAAUAAUCGAUAUUUGAGAGUCAUGGCUACUGAAAUGGAAUAUACACGCCUGGGUAAUUCCGGCCUCAAGAUCUCCAAAGUCAUCCUAGGAGCCAUGUCCUACGGUUCCAAGGCAUGGCAGGAAUGGGUCUUGGAUGAAGACGAAGCCCUCCCGCUACUGGAGCAUGCGUAUAAAAAGGGUAUUAAUACCUGGGAUACGGCCGACGUCUACUCCCACGGCAAAUCCGAAGAAAUCAUCGGCAAAGCUCUUCAAAAAUACAACAUCCCACGUUCCCGCGUCGUCAUCCUCACGAAAUGCUUCUUCGGCGUCGACGAGGAGGGUAAGAACCCGCCCAUCGCGGCCGUUUCGACGAAUGACGGCUCCGAAUGGGUCAACCGUAUCGGAUUGUCGAGGAAGCAUAUUUUCGACGCUGUUGAUGCGAGCGUGAAGCGCCUGGGGACGUAUAUCGAUGUGCUUCAGAUUCAUCGUUUGGAUCGCGAGACGCCUCGAGAGGAGAUCAUGAGGGCGUUGAAUGAUGUUGUGGAGAGUGGGAAGGUGCGGUAUAUUGGUGCUAGUUCGAUGGCCGCGUGGGAGUUCCAAACUCUCCAGAACAUCGCCGCCCGCAAUGGCUGGCACCAGUUCAUUUCCAUGCAGAAUUACCAUAACCUCAUCGCGCGCGAGGAGGAGCGCGAAAUGAUCCCCUAUUGCCAGGACACCGGCGUCGGGCUCAUUCCCUGGUCUCCCUUGGCGCGAGGUGUGCUCGCCCGGCCCUGGGGUGAGCGGUCGUCGGUGCGCGAGUCAACCGACAGAGUCGUGUCGUUCCUGGUGCGCGGUCGCGAGACCGAGGGCGAUCGGAUGAUCGUCAAUCGUCUCGAGGAGAUCGCGAAGAAGAAGGGAGUUAGUAUGGCGCAGGUGGCGACGGCGUGGUCGUUGAGUCAUAAGGGCAUGAAUCCCAUUCUCGGUUUGAACAGCAAGGAGCGUAUCGAUGAGGCUGUCGCGGCUAUCAAGGUCAAGCUGUCCGAGGAGGAGAUCAAGUACCUGGAGGAGCCGUAUGUCGCGAAGGGGAUCUCUCCUGUCGAGCGAUAGAAAGUGAGCGCUUCCAGGGUUUGUUGCAUGCUUGGUUAAACAGCUGGUCCCUA